AUGUCAUCCACAUCUGGCCGCGAGCUGGCAAUGACCCAGCUCUUCAGCAACUCUGGCAGCCUUGACUGGGUGGCACUCAGCCGCAUGCAAUACUCUGCCUCAGUUGCCGUCCUUGGUCGUCCGGCCGGCGCAGGCAUCGACAGCCUUACAGCCGCCUUUGGACAAGCAAUGUGCUCAGCAAUCCCCCUCGGGGUGCAUGGAGAAAAGGUCCUCCAGGAUGCAAUGAACCGGCUGACGUAUUGCCCCUCUUCCGGCGAGCUCAUAUGGUUUGGCGUUGGCGUGCGGCAUGUUCUUCGAGAUCUUGUUCAGACUGCACAAGGCUCAGCUCUCGUGGCUCUCUGUGCUGCUCUUUGCGAGGGAUGCACCACAGGCGUCUCCGGCCUCGUUCUCUACGAGGUCUCUAAGCUGCUUGAAGCACCUGGGGAACUUCGACCCUCGUUUUCACAGUGGCGCGCUCUUACAACGGUUGCUGCCGGCGUCUUCAGUCACACUGGUCUGGGCCUUCAUAUCAAUCAGUUCAUGAUGCUUAGUGGACUGGCCCAAGGUGUUGACAAUGGGGCCGGCCAUCCGACUGAUCUUGCCAGAGUCAUCCUAGCUCUCGGGAGGCUCGUACAAGGCAGCUACGAGACCAUAUACGUCCAGGGCGGAAUUGCAUGCAGUUGGAUCGCUGCUUGGGCGGUAUUUAUACUGGGUCUCCGUGUAAAGGUGCUUUCGAGCGAAGGACAGCUCAUCUUCGCCACUCACGGUGGGGGCGCGGCUGGGUCUCAGAUCGUUAUUACCUUUCAGAGACCCGAGACCUUCGAGACUGCUGUCCAAUGUACCGGUCACACCAUUACGGGGGGUAGAGUGAAAUUGAGCUCCAUGCUUCGAGACACUUUUGGUGGCGAGAUCGCAGAGCUUUUGAACGGCUCCACGCCUUCGACUUGCAUGGAGGGUCGACUAUCGACGUUGCAUUGUUUGAGCAGCACUAAUACGUCCUGGGACCCCUCGACUGAGGCUCGAACUCUUUUUGCGAAGGUCAUCGCCUCCGGGACCGCCCUGAUCCUAGGAACCACGACUAUCUACCAUUGUUUUAAUGAUCACGUGGGCUUUCUAUCAUGGUUGACGAACACCAUGACAGAGUUGAAACCCCUGAUGUCCCUUAUGAUCGAUUUUUCACGCGGUCAUAUAUCGAACCUUCAAGUCGACCAAGGCUACGACAAGUACAUAUCCGCCGUCGAGGAGCUCACCGGGAUUUGUCCAUGCGAUGGAUGUCUUCUCCCACAGCUGAUCCUGGAUACGCCAUUACACCCAACUUAUAAAGGAAUCAUGGGCUUCUACCUUGCUAUGUCUGACUCCGAGUUCCGGGGUUACACUUAUCUUUCAGACACUGCGAGGAAUAUGCAUGUCUUCAAGGUCCGUGAUCUGGCACUGGUGAACAAGUUGCCUGAAUGCUCUGCGCUCUUUGGAAGUAACAUUUCACUUCCAGCUAACAACACGGAGCUCUGUGCUUUCAGCGACGGGGCCAUGUUCUAUUACGUGGAAACAUUGAGGGAGCCGACUGAUCGCAUCGAACAUGCUACCCGCAUACAUGUCGGAGCUGGUUCCAUCCAGUGCGGCUCCAAGCUGUACAACUUUGUAUCCGGCCGGAUCCCGAUUGAAGCUGUUCACCGGUACCCGGCACAUCAUGUCACUCGCAACGGCCCCAUAGAUCUUCUCAAUCAAGAUACGACUUCGCCAGAACUCGCCCUCCAGGCAAUGGUUCGCAAAAGCAUUGGGAGCCUUGCAUUCUGGUAUAGAGUCUCGUGCAGACAAGGGAAGAUGACCUUUUCGCCCUCUCGACUGGUGGAAAAGCUGGCGGAAGCCCGUGCCUACCUGUUGCCGCUCGACAACCCCUACUCCGGCCCGGAAGGGAGGUCAAUCCUGGACGGCAAAGAAUGCGUAAUGGUGCACGGUGAAGGUCGUGCGCCCCCCCUCCAUGAAAAUGAAGUUAUUCUCCGUCCCCUGCGAUCUAAUCUGCUUGGACGCUGCGUUGUCAUUGCGAGCUCCGAGGGUCAAUAUAUUGCCCUGGUAAAGAAUGACGACGAAUUUGCUGGUUUCAAGAGAUUCUGGCUGUCAAGAAUAAAAGAGAAUGACUCCCGGCUGCGCGCCAUUGAUAGGGAUCCUGCGUUUCACCCAAGUUGGCGUGGUUUAGAACUGAUUUCUUAG